UACCUCGAUGUGUUUCGUAUCGGCCGCUAAUAAGUACCUACGCACAGACUGGCAAAAGAUGAUUCUUCAACGUCUGUGUGUCUACUCUAAUUGAGUAAUAUUUAGAUCAAAUACUACAAUUUGCGUCGAGUCAAUUGAAUAGAUCUCUUGAUAGAGCUAUGGCAGAAGCAAGGCGGCCUGUUAGAAGAGACGAAGAGGAAGAUGAAGGUGCAGUAGGAGGUGAGAUUUUACCUCAACAAAAUAUUGCAGAAGAAAACCAGCCAGCUUAUGAUCAUCUGGUUAGAACAAUCACAGAAAGAGCUGACUUUCAGCUACAAAUUAACAUAAUUAAGAGAUUGUUUUUAACCUCUAACCAGGAAGAAAGACAAAACAUGGACUUGAUGUUCAACAGAAUUGCAGCAGCUCAUGAUGAAGCUGGAUUACUUUCAAUAAGAAGGAUGGAUGAUCCUGCUUUUGUUGAUCAAAUGUUCCACUUUCUUAAACUAUGUGGAUUGUCAUAUAGGGACUGGAACCUAAUGGUUGGAGUAGUCUUUGUUGAUAUGUCUGUAGAGGCUAGAGAUAAGUAUAUAAAGAUAGUGUAUGCAUGUAGAUAUCAAGGAUUUGAUCCAUCAGUCUUGCUUAAAAGACUCAUUAGGUUCUGGAGGGAAAGCAUGAGACAGCCUUUAGUUACAUAUCAAUUAAGAUAUGAAGAAGCAGGACAUAAAGAAACUUGGGAUUAUAACAAUCAUGAAAAUCUAAUUAGUGAUAUUACAUUCCUUGUUUUGAUUUUCUUAAAUAGGGGUGCAGUAAUUUCUAAGAUUAUAAAGAAAAGUUCAAGAGACUUUACCAAUGUAUUAAGAAUGCUAGUGGCUAAAUACAAUAUACGUGCAAAUGAAGAAAGUGAAAAAAGACGAAGAACUGACGAUUCAGGGCCAGAGAUAAUUACAUUGCCAAGAAUAGCAGCUUGCUUCUGCCAAAUUACAACUGAGUUAUAUCAUAGAGACUUUGGCAGAGCUAUUGCAAGUUUUACAGAAUUUAGACAAGUUCCACUUGCCAUAUUCUCUCCAAUGUUAGCGCUUGAGGGGAAUUCUUCCCAGAGCGCGAUAUAAAUAAAGCCUAAUCAAUCAAUCAAUCAAUCAAUGUUUCCAUCCGUAGUUAGAAAGACUUAUGUUUCAGAAGGAAGAAGAAUAAAUAUAUAUCCACAAUUAAUUUUGGUGACAAUAUUAGUAGAUAAUGUGUUACAUAUAAGAGAUAGAGUUACACCUCUUGAUCAAAUAUGGACAUAUUGUUACGUCUUGGCCCACGGUUACGGUCGGGCUAUGGUGGAGAGAGCUGUCGUUUCUCUAUCUCCGCGCAGCAAGUAGGCGAUCCUGUUGCGGCAGAGUCGAGCGAGUUUGUAUGCUCUCACGGACAGGUCAACGGCGUAUGCCGAUCUUAUUCUAUCCUAUGAAGCCCCAAUCGUCGAUCUCUUUUUAAGUCUAGAGAUUCAACUCUACUGACUAAAGACGAGACCAUGCGAUCAAUUGAGGAUGAGAGGUCGAUUCAAUAAAAUGAAUUAAUUAUGUGGAAUAUUAAUUUAUUCAUAUCGCGUAUUCGUUUCGUUACAGAUUUUCUCGGUUGUUGUGAUGUGGUGUGGAUGGAUGUUGUGUCGUGAAUUUUACAAUAAAUCGGAGGGUCAUCGCUCGGAGGCUGAAAAAAGGAAAGACGUAUAUAUAUAAGUAUGCGCGAGAGCGUGUGUAGAGUCUCCGGCGGGAUACUACAAAUGUGAGUGUGUCGGGUGGAAGUGUGUGGCGCCGAUUCGUGACAUGGUUAAUUAGAUUAAUCCAGGUCGAUUUCUAUAAUUUCGCGGAUUUCUAUAGAGCUAGGAGGAAAAAUGGUAUAAAAAUGACGGACUGGGACAAGACGGAUGUCAUUGAAAUGAUGUCAUAUGGAAAUUUGACGAGAAAAAGUUUUCUAGAGUUGUAGAUAUCAGGUGAAAGAGGUCGGAAGAAUUAAUUCUUAGGGGAUCUAUUACAUAUGGUAUUUUGUUAAAAUCUGCUAUUCGGUAAGUAGAGGCUAAUUUGAGGAAGUAUUGUAAUUUAGAGUCGAGCGGUGGGGUGGUCGGUCGAGAGGAAUCGGAAGGUUCGUCAUCCACGGGUUCUUGCGCGAAUGUGGAAGGGAAGGUGAGCAAGGAGAGGGUGAAGGAGUUGGCGCGAAUUGUAAAUCCGCGGGAUUUUCUGCGGAAGCCUCGAGGGUGCGUUGGAGAGGGGAAGGGAGGAAGUGAAGGCGGUAGAUUGUUCGCGGAAGAAGCAGGGGAGAAUUGAGCAUCUGCGGGAGGAUCGGGACUUAUAGGUGAGUAAGAAGGAGAUUGAUACUACGAAUCGUCGUUGUAGUGUGUGUCUGUAUGUAUGUCGCCAUGUGAGGUAGCGUAAGAGGUGCUUGUGUGCAUAUCGCAGGGGUUUUUAAUAUUAUUGUCGUUGUUGUCGUUGUUAUUCGCGUGGUCAACGUUGGAAUGUUUCUCGGGGGUGGUAGGCGUCGGGCGGUUGGGUCCGGCGGUUUGGAAUCUAAGUUUCCAAGCGAUAGGAGACCCGUUCGAGCUAUUUAUUGCUUUUCAUUAUUUACUAAGAAAAGGGUUUGUUAUGCGUUUGCGCGUCGCGUUGUAAGAAAAAGGGGACCGUGGAGUCCCCAAGACGUAACAAUAUUAUCUAGCAUCUUUUUCCUCUUCAGUGCUUGUAGAUAGGACCAGAGAAGAGCAAUGCAAUAGAUUUGGAGUAUGUGUAGGAAAAAGAUUUGUUGAUGAUAUAUUAAUCCUUAGAGAUCACUGCUUAAACACAAUCAGAGAGCUAAGGCCCACUGAUAACAUUGAAAUGUUCUUUGAUGAAAUGGCCAGAUUGUAAAAUUCUCUCUCUCUAUUCAAAG